AUCACACACCCGGGAUGUGCUCCGUCCUCGGAUGUGAUUCGUGGCGUCGCAGUGCACAGCGGUUCAAGUUACCGGAGGAUCCAGAGCAGAGACUCGAGUGGGUCCAGUUUGUCUUCGAAGUCAAUGGACAGCGACUUAAAGAAUCGUGCUGGACUGAUAUCACCAUCUGUAGUGAACACUUCACUGAUGACUGUUUUGAAAACCUGGCUCCGACUGGCGCGGUCCAGCUGAAGCCCAACGCUGCCCCAUCAGUGUGUAUCAAGUCAGAGCCAGAGGAACCUCUGGAGAGCCCACAACAUGUGGAGCCUGUGGAAACCACAGAAGUUGCUUGUCAGUGUGAUGAGCUCGAUACAUGUAACAGUCCAACUUCCUGCGCUGAAAAGUCUAAAUUUACUUUAAAUGAUGCUGACACCCCUGGAUAUCACCAGAAUGAGCAAGAUGUUAAGAAUACUGAUUUCAACAAGGAAAAAACUGCACUUCUACAGAUGACAGGAAAGUACCAAGUGAACGAAAGCUGCCUGCUCGAGUUGUUUCGCCGCAAGUGCCCGUCGUGCGGCUCUAAACUUCAGAUGGAGAAGGUCAACUGUGGGGUACUGAUCAUCAACCAGCAGUGCCCUCAGUGUGAGUACAGACAUCAGUGGAAAAGCCAGGUCAAUGCCAGCGUCCCAGCAGUUGAAGAAGUAACUCCAAAGACCCCAAAGGCAAUGCCAACAGAUGACAACCCCAGCAGUGCAGCUUUCUCUGAGAUUGUUACUUUUAGCGAUGAAGAAAGCGAUCCCUCGGAUGAAGGGGAGGAAGGUGAUGAAGGCGGGGUGAGCUCAGACGGGGAGUGGAAUCCAGCUGAGGAUUCUCUGCUGGCUGAGGAGCUCACAAAGGAAUCCGAGGAGGAAACCGAAGAUGAAGGCGAAGAGGAGGAAGAGUUUGAUUCCCCGGGCGGCCUCAAAAUUAAUGAGCUCUGCACAGAGUGUGGGAGUUUUUUCAAUAUUCUGAAGCCUCACACGUGCGAGCACAAAAUUAAGCCCUAUUCCUGCAAUAUCUGUGGCAAAAGAUGUGUGACUGAGAUUUCUCUCAAAAAUCACAGCAAAAUCCAUGAUGAAACCUAUGAACACCCUUGUAAAUACUGCCACAUCACGUUCAAAACAAGGGUGGACAAACUCAAACACGAACAGAUCCAUCAAGACAGCAAAGAUCCCUAUAAAUGCCCCGACUGUCCAGAGACAUUUGCCACCAGUAAAGAGCGCAGCGUCCACCUGUCAAACCACAGAAGGCCAAAGGAGUUCAAAUGUGGAGUCUGUGGGAUUGAAUUCAAGGAUGUGCAUCAUCUGCGGAGACACUCUGUCGUGCACACAGGCCUGAAGCCGUACAAGUGUUUGGUGUGCCAGCGUGGCUUCAACCAGACGAGCCACCUCAAAUCUCACAUGCGUCUGCACACUGGGGAGAGGCCUUAUAAGUGUCGGCACUGCGACAAAUCCUUCAACCACAACGUGAGUUUAAAGAGUCAUGUCCAGCGUUACCACAUGUCUGCUUCUGGGUGUGAACAGAAGAGGGGUAAGAUCAACGAAAAGGUGAGCGACGUUGGCGACGCUGAGGUCAGUGAGAAUAAGCGAGGCACAGACUCGGAGUUUGAGAAUGCAGAGGAGGAACAUGAUACACAAGAGGAGGUGCAGAAGGAGAGAACAGAUGCGCCAAAAAAGAAAAAGAGGAGCACAGGUAGGCCCAGAGGAAGGCCUAAGAGAAACUCAGUGGGCGACUCGGGUGUGUCGGGGCAAAAUGAAGACCGGCGUUCAAACGGGAAGACUUCCAAAUCAAAGGUGAAGAAGUUAAAGAAAACAGGUUCCAACGAUGAGGAAAGUGAGGGCGAGCAGUCAGACAGCGAUGUUUCCUUCAUCUCAGAAGAGGAGGAGGAGGAGGAGGAGGAGGAAAAUGAGGAGAAACGGCCACAGAGGAAGAGCACAGGGAGAUCAAGAAGACGACCAAAAAAUGAGAAUGACUCUGAUUUUGAGCCAGAAGCAGAAACAAAGAAAAAGAGGUACAGCAGCAAGAGCAGUGGUAAGAGCUUAGGGAGGGGCAGAGGGAGACGGAGAAAGAAUGUAGUGGCUUGAAAAAGAAGUAAAGAUUUAAUUUGGUGUGAGCAGUCGUGAAAAGGAGCAAUAAGAAUUGAAUGGCCAUACAGAACUGGAUUGAUAGAUAUCAAAACAUUGAUGAAAAUGAAAAACAGAAACACAGAGGUGAGGGUCUUUACAGAUGUAAUUCAUUUUAACUGAUCAUGUUUACACUGUCAUCACACUCAUUUACACAGUUUUUACAACAAGCUCUUAAUUGAUGAUGUUUUACAAUACACUUUCAGUCCUUUUGGGGGGGUGCCAAGAAAGUCUGACAAUGACUGUUUUAAAUGAAUGUGAAGCUAAUGUAAGGAUCUAUUUAGCUUUAUGUUGGUAUAUGAGAUAAAGGCCCUGAGUUCUGGGUGCAAUAUAAGAAAGUGAAAAAAGUGAAUGUUAAGGGUAAGAUAGUUGUAAAAUUUGGGUUAAAUCAUCCCCAAAUGUAGGGAAGAAGGGGAUUGCUGUUGGGAAAUGCUGUAGUCUAUGUCCUCUCUUCAUCUAAAGUGUAAUAAUAAUGAUGUCAGUUUCAAACUGAAAAACUUUAAUUCUCUUAAAAGUCUGGGAACUGUAGCACAGUUAAUCUUCUUUUUUUGUCACUGUAAAGUUUCAUAUUUACGUAAAUAGCUGGAGGGAUUCAGAUAGAAAAUAAUUGUUUAAAUGUUUUGUUUCAUCAGUGUGACAGAAUUUUAAUUGUUGAGCUAUAAAUCAGACUCUGCCAAUGAUAUCGCUCUUUUACAUCAUGCCUCCAUCAACUCCUCAUAAGCCUGAGUUGCAGCGAUGCCUGAUGUGGCCUCAGAGAACUGAGAAGUAACUUUUCAAAGAACUGUAUCAGUGGUUUUGCACAAUUUAGCUCAGUAGCUACAAAUUGGUAUACUUUACAUAUGACUGGAUUUAUGCCAUAAGUUUUUGGAUUGAUCUGAUGUUUGAGUUCGCAGCUACUUGUAGAUGCGCCAGGGUAUCUAUCACAGUGAAGUAAAGUAAGCCAUUGUUCUGUUAUGCACUGAUAAUAAUACAUGAAGAGGGACCGUUUUAAAGUCACGUUCUUGGACAGUUCAAGGACAUUCUGACAUGUGAGAGUUCAGAUAAUGCUUUUGAACUGCAACAUUUUAUUGUAGCAAAUGACCAAACUUGCAGUUUGCUUUUAUGACGUCAAUGUUUGAUCAUAGUUUGUCUUCUUGGUCUGAUUUCCCUGACAACACAGGUCAGAUGCUUUGCUUUUUUGACAAAUCAUAUUUCAAAUAUUGUAGUUGACUCAACGCACCACAGAGGAGGGCACUGCAACAGUCCCUGCUUUCAACUGUAUUAAAACACAAAUACAUAAGAAAGUAAAAUGUGGGUUUUUAAAAGAAUGAAUAAAAAGUGGGAGUGUUCUUCACUGUUUUGAAUCACUGAAUUGCAGAUUUUUUUCCAAAAGAAUUUAAUAAUAAAUGUAUGUGACUGCCA